AUGAAAGUAGUCACAAAAGAAUCACGAUUGCCAUGCGAACCGCUUAGCCAGCGGCGCCGCGCCACGUCCGGGGCGAGCGGUGGGAAAUGGACUACCGGCCAUGAUGGAGUAAGAGACCAGGCUUCACGUGGAAAUAAUGCUACUGGAAACUCCAUAAAGUUGCGAAAAAUCCAGAAGAUAGGCACGUGGAAUGUUCGUGGGUUGCUUAAACCCGGUAAAUUUAAUAUCGUGGAGAGAGAAGCCACCAGAUGUGGUUUAUCCAUUUGCGGUCUAACAGAAACACACUGGAGAGGCAACGGGCAUUUCUCUACCGACUCCCAUGCCGUCUACUUUUCCAGUAGCGAUGACAGUAGCCGUAACGGAGUAGCGAUUAUUAUUCCUAAGCAUACGAAUAACAGUGUAAUGGGGUAUGAGGCAGUUAGCGACCACAUUAUGUCAAUGAAGCUCAAAGCGUCACCUGUAAACAUCAAUCUAAUACAGGCAUAUGCCCCCACCAGUGAAGCUCUACGCCUCGUACUGGAGAGUUUUUACCAAGAUUUACAAGCAACAAUUGCUAAAAUCCCCAAUAGAGAGUUGCUUAUAAUAAUGGGUGAUUUCAACUCAAAAAUUGGCGCAAACUCUGCCCAGUACAGUAAAUGUGUCGGAAAUUUUGGACUUGGGGUACGUAACGAAAGAGGUGAAAGAUUUAUGCAGUUCAGUUAUUAUUACACUCAAUGA